GACUAACGAAGAAACGGACAAAUCCAGGCCUGCGAGAACAACUCUGGAUAAAUGCUCGUGUACCCGUGCGUAUGUAUGGGUGGACGGACGCGGGGCUGAAGAGCGAAGAAUAUAAUACUGGCCCAUAGAUAGUUUCGUUCUCUCGGUCUGUGUCUUUCUCUCGGAAAGCGGCAGUUGAAAUCCUUCCGUUGGAACGACGUUUCCUCGUUUCCUGCCCAUACUGUAGAGUGGACAAGUCAAAAGCAAGAGGGAAAAAAAACCCAUACACACACACGCACAAGCAGCUGAUCCAUCUUUCCUUGGGAACGGAGCAAACGGGUCGACCGGAUUGAACGGACCAGUGGCCGCUGGACUCGCUCUCCUCCGCACCUGAUCUCUUUCCGCUUCACCCUCAAGUUCUUUUCCGUCUAUCCUGUUUGGAUUAUGAUCGGGGGGCUCAGUGUGCAUCCUGACAUCCACAUACGUACGCGUACUUGUGCAACUACGUACGUACACAUUCAGUGAUGAGAUGAUGUCCUAGUGGGCUGGUUUGGUUCUGGUCUUGUGGUACAGCCGAAGGAAAUGUUUUCAUGAGCACUGCCUCAGGGACACCCGGAGCAAGUUGAGGAAGCUGCCCAAUUGCGCUAGGUAGGAAGGAGUAGGUUCGUUCGAGUUGAGCCCAUUGGGUUACUAGUCGGAGUAGUUGUGUGGGGUGGAUGGAAUUCAGGCCUCUGAAUUGCCCAUGAAUGGAUUAGAGGAGUCGUCCUCCGUCGCCCGUUCUCCCGUUCAAGCGAAUGCUGCCGAGGAGUCUCACUCGGUCAUGAUCUGGCUGGCAGAUUUACUCAAGUGGAGUGCUGAAGAAAAGAGGUGCUCAACAUCUCACAAAGAAAGUCUUUUCUUGAGGCCAGAUAUUCAUAAAACCUCGGAAAAGAUGAUGAUGAUGAUGAUGAUGAUGAUGAUGUUGCUCCAACUCCUUGGUGGUGCAGUGCGUGUUUCCCUCGAGGAAUGUGACAUUCAGUGAACUAAAUCUACUAUAUGGACUUCUACAUGUACGUACAUCCCCCCUUCAUGCCUUGACUCACAACACGACGUAUGUAAGACUUCAAGGAAACGGUUUUUGAAGCCAAUCAUUGAGCAAACAUCUCAUUAGCAGAAGCGACUUUUGCUCCACAUGUUUUGAUUGCGACAUCAGCAGAGCAGCAGAAAGCAGAAGAAGCAUCCACUUCCGACCAAAUCAAGUGCAAAAAGAUUCUAAUAUAGAUCAGGAGUGUGCCUGUGCCUGUGAAUGAGUGUGAGUGCCUUUGUUUGACUGGAAAUACCCGAAACAUGGGGAAAUAAAUAAGCUUGUACCCGCCGUUUUGAGGCCAGCCCCAAGCCGCACAAGAUAAUAUCGUAUUUCGCGUGAAACAGUUGUGAAAAGCCUUUUGCCACGAGUGGGCAAGGGUGGCCUGAAGAACAAUCUAGAUUUCUUUAGAGCUUCCUCUAUCGAGGACAACAACUACACCAGUAACCCCGACCAUCACCAACCACUUCGUCUUCGGCUACUUUUGUGUCAGAGUCAUAAAAGUUCGACCGCGUCAAGUGUCCGUUUCAUCGAGAACAAGAGUACCACCAACUCCGUGGAUUUUAUACCCAUCCUUCGUGUGCCUUACAAAAGAAAUUGUAGAGUCUUCGCUUGUUCACUGCCAUCCUCUUUGGAGUCGGAAUUAUGAGAAUAAAGCCGAAGCCCUGAAGCCGCCUAAUCUAAAACGGAGAUAUGGCUGGGAUGAACACGAUUUAUGUGGAUGAAUCCGCGCCACAAGGAGAUCCCGAAUCGCAGUUUUUCCAUCGGAAAGUCAUCAUCAAGCGUUCCAAGGAUGUCAGACAAAAGUUCGAUAUCCUCAACGAGAUCGGAAGGGGCAAGUUCGGGAAGGUCAUGAAAUGUCGCAAGAAGGAAAACGGAGAGCAAUUUGCAGCCAAAUUCGUGCUAUGUUCCACACGAGAAGAACGUCGGAACGUGGAACGCGAAGUUGAAAUCAUGAACCUACUCAAGAGCUCUAAACUGUUGCAACUCUUUGAUGCUUAUGAAAUGGAUCGAACGGAAAUGUGCCUGGUCACCGAAUACAUUGGAGGCGGAGAGCUCUUUGACCGGGUGAUUGAAGACGAGUUUGUCUUGACGGAACGUGCGUGUGUCUGUUUCAUGAAGCAGAUUUUAGAAGGAGUGUCUUAUAUCCACCACCAAGAGAUCAUUCACCUAGAUUUGAAGCCUGAAAACAUCCUUUGUCUUACAAAGACUGGCAAUCGCAUCAAGAUCAUCGAUUUUGGUCUGGCCAGGAAGUUUGAGCCGCUGAAGAAGCUCCAAGUUCUAUUCGGGACACCGGAAUUCGUCGCACCAGAAGUCGUGGGGUUCGAGCCCAUUAGCUAUGCUACCGACAUGUGGGCCGUUGGAGUUAUCUGCUACGUCUUAUUGUCGGGAUUGUCACCUUUUAUGGGCGAUACCGACCUGGAAACCAUGGCCAAUGUCACGAUCGCUGAAUAUGAUUACGAAGACGAGGCCUUUGACGAGAUAUCAGAGGAUGCUCGAGACUUCAUGAACAGACUACUGGUCAAAGAGAAAGAAAAACGGUCUACGGCCAGUAACUGUCUCAAGCACAAAUGGAUCCAACAAUUAGAAAGUCCCAAUCUCGCCGUCAAGAGCGAGGCUCUGACAUCGGCCAAGACCAACUUAGCAACUCAUAAAGAACACUGGAGAGAGCAAGAUAAUCAUGACUACGUUUUCGACGAGCAAAAUCGAACAAUUACGGCACCAACUAUUUCGCCCACGAAAAUGCUGGAGAGCCCAUCAUUUCCCAACCCACCGUCAAGCUUGGACAUCCAAACGGAUUUGAGUGCAGCCAAUACGGCACUGUUGUCUCCGAACAUGGCGCGGUCUCCAUCGCCGGGGAUUUUCACUCUCGAGCAAGUUCAAAGAAAGGCCGUUGAAAUAUCGGAACGGAAGAAUUCCGCUCGACUUGACGGCACUGACAGUGAAUAUGACACCAUUGGAGAUGGCCGAAAGAUAUCCGUGUGUUCAACCCCACCACCAUCAGUGAGCGUCGAGCGCGAAAUAGUGACCCAGUUUGACGAACAACUUCCAAGUGACCCCAUCGUGUUGGUCGAGGACAUUUCAAUGUAUAUGACAGAUCCUGAUCAUGCCCAAUCCACGGCUUCUUCCGGCUUCCAGGACGAUAUGAGUUGUGUCAGUGGAGGAUUAGAACCACCCACAACCAAAGCAGACGAGAUCAUCCAUCCUUUCAAGCACUGUGAUAAGGCCAUCAUUUGCAUGGAUAUUGAUAAUCAGCCUCUAUGGCAAACUGCAGAAAGAACCAUCACACCAUUAUUUGAGAUGGUAGUCAGCAACAAUCCUAGUUCACCCCUUGUUAUGCCCGGAUCCGUCUCCAAAUCAAAUUCAGAGACAUCUGUUAAGAACAACUACAACAACAACCAGCACAACAACAACCACAACAACAACUUGCCGUUAUCGUCUAAAUUUAGCGCAAUCGCGAACAAAAACCACUCGUUUGAGACGCCAUCCUUGGACGUAGAAGAACCAGCUAAUUGGGCAAAAGAGGCCCCGAUUUCCGAGCAGGACGACGAAGUGAAGGAGAAGCUAGAAAAAGAAGUGGAACAAAAGGAGUCAGGAGAGCGGCAACUACAACAACAAAAAACAGAUCAACCGCCACAAGAGGAAGACCGUGAAAUCCCACAAUCAAUCCUUGAAAAAGAAGUACCCAAAACAACAAAUGGGCAGGUAGAGACUCAUUCAGAUUCUUCUGCGACAGUAGAGAAGGUUGAAGAGUCCAAUGAAGAUGAAAAGAUGGAAUCGGAAGGCUCGAUGAGCUCGGAAAAGAGCGGUGUGAAUUCGGAACCUCCUUCGAAGAUCGCUAAAGCCCCGCCGAAUCUGCUUCAGACCGAGUUUAGACCCAUCAAUUUCAAGCCUUGUCCUCCCUCUCGUAAGUCCCAUCCAAUCAGUAUCACCAACGCACAGACCAGUCCCAAGCCAUAUCGGAGGACCGUUCCCGCUAUUGGACCCACAGCUGCAGCCAUCCAAGCAGACGAGAAGCAAAUCUUGACCAUCGGUAAUAAUUUGUUCAAAGAUAUUGAAAACAUCGUGCAAUCCGUAAAACAAGAGCCCACCCAGUCAAGCGUAUCCAAGUCUCAAGUGAAUUUAUUUGAGAAGACUCCAUUAAGCUCCGAGCAAGCACGGACUGAGAAUAUCAAGCACACAUUGGAUGCUCUUUUAGCGGAAGUCGAUAAACAGAUUCGAUUUUCUUUCAACUCUGAUAAAGCCAACAAUAAGAAUCGUAAAGAGCAUCAAGAUAGGAUCACAGAUUCCAUCACACACGUCAGGGAUGAUCUUGUGGACGUGAAAAAUGAUAUUAACAGACUGAAGAGUGAUUUGUCAGAUACAAAACUGAAUUUGGAAAACGAUUCUAAGCCCUUGAUUGACCUCAUGAGUACGUUGGAAAACAUUGUGCCUCUCUCUUCGUCAACAAUCGCAAACAUGACAUCGCCAAGGGUGUCUCAAAACAACCCAACCCAAGACAUCCAUGACAUUGAGACGGCCAUGUCUCAGUUGGAAAAGACAAUACUUGAAUUUCCCAAUACCUCCACCUACGAAAGCAAUCAUCAGAGGAACCGCCGGUCUUCGAACAAGGGCAUCUUUUCGACGGCAAAGACGGGGUCGGUCAACGAGACCAAGUCAAAAUUCGAACGCAAGCCUUCAGAGCCUCCGAUGACGCCCAACCCCGGAGGUCGCAAUCGCCAAAGAAGUACCACCCCUUUUAACUCUGCUCGAAGUCCGAGCCCUCUGCAAAUUUCCAGUGUCCGCAGGCGGUCGCCCUCCCCGGUCAAGACAGGAGCCGUCAACCGAGUCAAGAGUAAGUUUGAGGUGCCCUCCUCGUCUUAUCAUCCAUCAAGCUUUGCGAGACAGCUCAGUGAGGGCCAUCAAACUCUACCAAAGACCUUCAAAUUGGGGGCCUCGAGUCGGGUUCCUGCGAAGGACCCCGUGGUCGUGGCUCGACAUCGCCAUUCGGAAUCUGGCGCAUCAGCCUUCAGCUCGUCGAAGACUAGAACUCGAAGUCCGCCCAAGUCACUCAGGCAUUCCUCAUUCACCUUUUCCUCACCUUUAUCGCCGUCCGCGUCGAGCAAAUCCAUUUCCUCAAUCCCUGUUCCGAAGUUUACACGCUUCGAGAACAAUACCCGCCCCAAUCAGUUUCGGACCACUUUCAACAACACUCAUUCAUCGAAGCCAACCGGAGGGCCAAGACGACAAAGCGGACCAGGGUCCCCGGGUGUUGAUAAACCCACGUUUUCUGGAGAGGGCCUCAAGGACCCUGGCUCAUACAUCCCGACAAGGAUCCCCGUGACUUUUACUUCGAAUCAUAUAGGAUCUAUGAAAUCUAAAAAUGGCAUGUCUUGCGGCUAUUCUGAUUUGUGAUUCCCGUUACUGAGAUACAUGCGUUUUGUGUUGUACCACUGAUUGUCUAAAUCUAAUCGAGAAACCAUUCAAUAAAACGUCUAAAUUCAAAUGGCGAAA